AUGACAGAAAAAGUGAGAAGAAAAUUUGAUUCAACCUUGAUGCCACCCAUUAUUGCAGAUUUUUAUAUAAUAUUUUUCCUCGUAUUUCUCUGCACAACAAUUGUUAGCGACCGUCCAAUUGAUACCCAGAACCAAGGAAUGUCAUUAAAGAUGGGCGAAAGGGACCAACCAAAGUCCACCAUGUGCCACCACCACCACAAUGACCACCUGUUCUGUCGUCACCACCUCCACGGUGUCCAUCAUCCUAAGAGACGAUCAUCUGCAACAUUGAAAACCAAAUCUUUCUCCGUCAUUGCUUCCAUAAGGAAGUCCAUUCACAAAUGCCACCGUCGCCUCAUCAAGUUUUUCUUCAAGUUGGCAGGCACAAGACGCCACCAAGGCUUCGUAAUCCUUGAACGGGAAGAGACCUGCAGCUUUGGAGCUGAUGUUGGCCCUAGACUUAAAUUCGAAUUUGAGACUAGUUUUUCUCUGCCUCACGUUAUUGUAUUAAACAAGCACCAACAGUUGCUUCCUCCAUUAGUUUCGGACAAAAAGAGAACCAUCGUUCUUGACUUGGACGAGACCCUGGUGCAUUCAAGGCCUGGCCCACCUCCACCAAUGUAUGAUUUCAUGAUUAAACCAAUCAUUGAUGGUGUAAGAAUAAACUUCUACGUGUUGAAACGACCCGGGGUCGAUGAAUUCUUGGAAGCAAUCAGUAAGAAGUACGAGGUGGUGGUGUUCACAGCAGGACUCGAGCCAUACGCCUCAUUGCUGCUUGAUGUUCUAGACCCUAAGGGCCUGAUAUCUCACCGUCUAUACAGGGAUUCAUGCAAGCAAUUAGUGAGAGGAACGUUCGUGAAGGACUUGUCGAAGAUAGGAAGAGACCUCGGAAAAGUUGUGAUUGUUGAUGAUAACCCAAGCUCGUACUUUUUGCAACCUGCAAAUGCAAUCCCCAUAAAACGAUUUGAGUAUGACAUUGAAGAUAGAGAAUUGGAGAAGUUGAUGGGGUUCUUCGAGAGAUAUUGCGAUGGUUUCGAGGAUAUGAGAGAUUCGGUUAAGCAGUAUUUUGGUGCUGCCAAAAUGAGCCGACGUCGGAGAUUAAUAAAGCACCUCUGA